CUCUGUGACGUAACUCUUGACAGUUGUAAUUUGUUUACAGAAAGUUAACAGAGAAUAAUUUUUAUUUAAUAUAUAUUAUGGCAGGUGAAGUAGUUGUUGAUGCACUGCCGUAUAUUGACCAAGGAUAUGAUGAGCCGGGCGUACGAGAAGCGGCGUUGGCGAUGGUGGAGGAAGAGACACGACGUUAUAGACCGACGAAAAAUUAUUUGGAACACCUACAACCUUUAUGCAUAACUGCUUUUGAGACGGAGGUAUUGAAGCAUGAAUUUGAGAGGAUGCAGAAUCGCUUACCGAUGGAAGUGCUUAGUAUGAAACGUUAUGAAUUACCACCGCCUCCGUCUGGUAAGUUAAACGAUUUAACUGCAUGGAAUGAGAGUGUGGAGAACAGCAGUGCGCAAUUGGAGCAUCAAGCUACUAGAAUCUGUAAUUUGGAAUUGAUGAUGGAUUAUGGUUGCGAAGCAUGGAAAUCCUACUUGGAAGUACUAGUUCAGCUGCUAGGUCAUGCUCAGAAGCAGCUGCAGACGCUGAGGAAAAAGAUUCAGGAGGUCAACUGGCAGAGGAAAUCAAUGCAGACUCAAGGAGGCGACAAACUGAGAGCUCUCGAAGCACAGUGGGUCAGUUUGGUGUCGAAAAACUACGAGAUCGAGCAGGUUUGCGUACACUUGGAGGAGGAGAUGCAAAGGGUAUUUUUGAAUAAAGAGGCUGUGGAGAUUAAUGAUGUACCAGCGAUGGAAGGGCCUGAUGUGCCAGGUAACAAUGCAACAGAAACGAUGGCAUUGCAAAUGCAGCAACAGGAAGAUCAGGAUGUAAUAUAAACUUUUAUGUAUAUA